ACUACACAGCAAUGCGGACGAAGAAGGGUAAAAACGAGGGGAAUAGUCCGGUUUGCUGUAAUAUCCCGGCGGGUCAGGGCAUCGUUUGGUCGUAAGGCGUAAUUCAUAAGGGAUUUCGUCUCCAUAACUGCACAGAAAAGGACAUUAACUGGCUUGGAAGCAGCUCCGGGGCGGAUAUUUUCCCGACAAAAACCCACAUCCGUAUUCCCAGCCCUGGUCGUGUGGGAUAGUCCACUGAAAGAAUGAUUGGUUGAAUAAUUUAUACUUGUCUUUGUAGCCUCUUUUUGCCAGCCAGCACUGCUUCCAAUUUUUAACAGACUCGCCAUGGUGGACUCCGGGAGGAAGACUUUUGUGGUCCCCGACAUAAAGCCAUUGGAUUUGUAUGACUGUACUAGGGCAAAAAUAUGCGCAAGUGUCGGAUGGCUAUUGGCAAAGUCCUACGGCAAUGCAGAGAAUGUCCCUGCGGAGCUCCGUGACCCCUUCUACUGUGACCAGUAUGAGCAGGAACACCUUAAACCACCAGUCACACGCCUCCUGCAGUCCUCAGAGCUUUACUGCCGCACCUACACCCUAUUAUUGGGAGGCACUGGAGUUGAGGCACAGCCCAAAGACAAUGUUGCCCUGCUGCAGCUUCUCGCUGAAAGGGGUGUAGUCUCCAAAGACCAGGACACACCAGUGACUGAUGCAGACCUUCGGCAUAAGCCCAUCAAAAUGAGUGCUCACCUGGCAGUGAUAGAUGCCCUGAUGGCUGUUGGAGCCAUGGAGACCAUGACUGCGGUGAAGACAUGUGGUUCUGCUGAGCUAUUGGGCGGAGCUUCUAGCUGGGAGGAUGCUCUGCUUCAUUGGGUUAAUGGGUUAAAUCAGAAGCUGAGAGAACUUAACGAAGGAGCCAAUAAUGACACGUCUCAGGCCAUCACAGAGUCCCAACCUGUUCAGCCCUCUCUUCGCUAUAGAAAGGAUAAAAUUCAGUCCAAACAAAAGCCCAUCUUUCCAGUAGUCAAGGAAGUCAAAGACCUCUCCAAUGGAUGUGCUGUUGCUGCUGUCAUACAUUAUUAUUGCCCUGGCCUGCUAAGACUUGAAGAUGUUUGUAUGAAGGAGUCCAUGUCUGUAGCUGACAGCUUGUACAACCUGCAGUUCAUCCGUGAAUUCUGUGACAGUUGUCUGAAGAGCUGCUGUCACUUGGCGCUGGAGGACAUGCUAUACACAUCUCAGGAGCUUCAGCUCAACUUGCUGAACUUCCUAGCAGAAUUGCUUUGCUGGUUUGAAGUACGAAAGCCAGAAUUUGUUCAACCAAUAGACACAUUAGAUGGAUCCACACCAGCAACACCAAGUAGCUUGAGUGGUAACAGUACCUCUCCUUCUAUCUUCAAGAAGCCCUUUCUCCCUAUCUCUUCCUCUGUGUCAGGAUCUUUGACUCAGUCUACCUCAAUGUCUCAUAUAGAAGGAGUUGGAAAGACAUGGAGCAAGAAACCUCUCAGCCGCCCCUUGUCGGCAGUAUCCUUCAGCAUUCCUUUUGGCCUGGACAGCGAUGUGGACAUUGUGAUGGGCAACCCUGUGAUAACCCGCUCUGUGAGCUCAGACCAACUCAACCCAGCAGGCCAAAACAUGACUCGGAUGCCCUACACCCCACCUGAAGACCUCAGCCAUUUGCUUGGCAAACCCUCUGGGCCCAAUGGUCCCCAGAGAGCUUCUUGGGCCACCCAGACUCCCAAUAUUCCAAAGUUGGCAGAGGAGAAUGGCCUUGGGGCAAAUGAAACAGGAGAGUUGCCAACUAUCGAAGAGGCCCUUCAAAUCAUCCACAAUGAGAGCAAAAUGGAGCCGCGUUUACACCCUGAUGGUGCUCCUGAUGGCUUCUACCUCCACUCUCCUGACGAUCCUGCUAGUUCUAGACAUAACAGCAACUUAGCACCUAUCAGCUGCUCAGCCCCAACACGCUCAGGAAUGAUGUACCGGCCCACAGGAGAGUCCAAGGAGCCCACUCGCACCAGAAACGCCUCUGAAUGUUCACGAGAUGAUGACUCUGUUCUGAGAGAUGGCAGUGUGGACUCAGAUGCAUCAGAAGACAUACCUAAGGCCCAGUCCACUCCAACCACACCUGCUGCUGGUGCACACUCUGUUAAAAGUCAUGGUAAAGAGGUACCUGACAGUGGUGUGAAGAUGACCAGCUUUGCAGAGCGCAAAAAGAAGCAGAGUAUGGAUUCUCCCAAAGCAAGUGACCCCUCUGCUCCUCAGAUGACCACAUGGGCACAGAAGUCUGAAGAAAGCCCCAGCAAGAGCCCACAACUGAACAAUGAAAUGUCUGAACUAGGGGUUCGGCUUGAAGAAAAACGCAGGGCUAUCGAAGCCCAGAAAAAACGCAUUGAGGCCAUUUUUGCUAAGCACCGGCAAAGACUGGGCAAGAGUGCCUUUUUGCAGUUAAAGAAAGAGCAGCGUGAGGAGGAAGGCGAGGGGGAAGGAGUGGAUGGCCAGUUCAGCACCUCAUCCACAGAAGAAGAUCUCUCUCGUUUGACGCUGGAGGAAAGGCUAGCUCGAAUGGAAGAGGAAGAGCUGCAGGAGCAAGAUCAACAGCGCUCCUCAGUGGAGGAUGAGAGUGACGUCAAAGGAGGACUUCAGCUCAACAAACUGGCCAGUCAACCCAAAGAGAAGGCAGGUACACCAGGAGAGAAGGGCUCUGGGACAUCUGGAGAGAAAAUGGUAGCUCCACUAGGGGACUAUAACAAUGCUGUGUCCAAACUGACUGCAGCUCUUAGCUCCCUGCAAACUGACAUGCAGCGGCUCACUGAGCAGCAGAACCAACUAAUAACGAAGAAAGGUACACCUUCCAGCAACAAAUCCUGGGUUAUUCCAGCCAGCCCUAAAACCUCCACCCCAGCUGCUCCUUCUGCACGCAUGUCGCGAGAAUCCACCAGAGAUUUAAAUUCAGCCUCGUCUUCUCCAUCUCCAUCCCGAAAAAUCUCAAACUACACCACUCCUCCAAAAUCUCCUGUGGUCCAUCGUAGAGCCCAGUCUGUGCCCCCUAAAAGCCCCAAACACCACCAACACAGUCGUCCCUUGGACGUUAAGGUACCAACCCUGUCAAGGGUUCUCAACCCACCACAAAACGUUGACCGCAUUCCCCACCUUCGCCGUGUAAAUCCCUGGCAAUCACAGGUCCAGACUUCAUCCACAUUCUCCAUUGGUGACUCUGAUCGUUUUGACGAACUGCGCUCAUCUGGACCAACUCCUCUUCCCACACCCACACUGACCCCAAUACCAACUCCUACCCAGACUCCCCAUCCUGUAGCAGAUGACACUCUGUCAGACGUAGGCUCCAAUGACUAUCAGAGUAUAUUUAGCAUGGACCUGGAACCAGGGCCCUCACAAGGUCCUCUGGCUAAGAGGGAAGGGCCUGCAAGUGGAGCGUGCAGCUCUGGUGCCCCAUCAGAGUGUUCCUUUGAGAGUGAUGCUCCUGCAGUGGUGUUGAAUGGCAAACGCAGUAGCUUGAUAGAGAUCUCACUGUCUAGCCUGCAAGGAGAUGGAGAGGAGGAUGACCAAGUACCUGAUGCUUUCUCUGACUCCAUGAGUGACAGGACAGAGCCAGAGUUGAAAGGAGGGGUUGGUUUCUUUUUCAAGGAUGACAAGGAGCGAACAGAGGAUGAGAUGGCUCAGCGAAGAGCAGCCUUGCUGGAGAAACAACAGAAGAGGGCAGAAGAGAUGAAAAGACGCAAACUUGAACAGGAAAAAGAAAAAGAAUCUAACAAGCCCCAGUGGAUGAUCAUUGAGGGCUGGGGCAACAAGAGUGAAGACAGACCCCAGACCCCAGGCAGCCCUACAGCAUCACGCACCCCACCAGUAGAGGGGACACCCCAGCGCAGAGGAGACUUCACUAGACAGGAGUAUGAACGGAGACAUCAACUGAAGAUCAUGGAAGAUUUGGACAAGGUGCUCAGACAGAAACCCACCACAGUUCGUGGUGUCAAGAAGCAGAGACCGAAGACUGUGUUCAGAGAUGACUCAGCUCUCUCUCAUAGUCCUAUCAAAGGUUUCAUGGGCACCAGGCUGAACAAAGUGUACUCCCACUCCACCAUGAACCUGUCUUCCAUGGCUAAUGACUCUGGAAGCUUGUCUGUCAGGAAAUCUUCCAGCCGCUCACACUCCCCCUCCCGGCUAAUGUCACCAGGACGAAGGAGCACCCAGAAUGGAGAGAAGGACUGGGAGAAUGGCUCCACUAUUUCUUCCCCAGCCUCAAUCCCAGAAUACACAGGACCAAAGCUGUACAAGGAGCCUAGCUUUAAGUCCAACAAGUUCAUCAUUCAUAAUGCUAUCACUCGCUGCUGCCUGGCUGGCAAGGUCAAUGAACCACAGAAAAACAAGAUUGUAGAGGAAAUGGAGAAGAGCACAGCCAACCACUUCCUCAUCCUCUUCAGAGAUAACAGUUGUCAGUUCAGAGCAGUUUACACCAUGAACCCUGAAACUGAAGAGAUGGUACGGCUCACAGGCAUUGGCCCCCGCAUCAUCUCACCUGAGAUGGUUGAGUCCAUUUUCAAGUACACCUCUGACCGCAAGCAGUUCACUGUCAUCCCGUCCAAAACCAUGUCCAUGAGUGUUGACGCUUUCACCAUCCCCGGCCAUUUUUGGCAAAAGCGCCCAGGAACUCCCAAGAAGCUUGGCACCCCCAAAUAAACAUGUACUCAAGAUGGGUAGAGAUAAUACAAUUCAGGGAACCAACUCCCAGCUUGACUCCUAUCGUCUUCUGUUUUGGCCAGUGUGGCACUUCAGAUUGUUCAUUACCAAAUUAGACUAGCAGUGGACAGCAUGACUGAUAAGAUAAUUGACCAGCUAUCAGCUUGGACCAUAAGAACAAUCCAGUCAACUUUACAUGCCAAGAGAAAGGGCCAAUCAGUCUCUCCUUCAGCUGAUGUAGUUACAAUAGUUUCUCUCUUGAGAGCUUCUGUUUGGCUCCGCCAGGUCUACCUAGAUUGUAAAAUGUGAUGUGAACUGAUUCUGUCAGGAUGAAGAAUUUUUUCCCUUGCACCCUGCCUCCUCCUGCCUUGCCUUACCCUGCCCCUGGAGUCAUUUCCACGACUUAGGUAAGAAAAAGAGGGGAUAACCACACUGCCUUUGCCCAAACAGUAUUUUGGGUCAGAGUAGUUCCCGCCCCUCUCAAUUCUGCUUACUUUUCCUUUUGCUGCCUUUUCUUCUUCUUCCAGGGCUCUCUCUCUCCUGUCUGCUGAGACGAGUGGCUCGCCUCUCAGUUCAGAUAGGAUAUCUCAGCUGAAAAUUAAUUGCAGGUAACUCUGCUCUCAUAUGAAUGUAGGGCACACACUAACCACUCAUCCCAUUCAGGGGUGUUUUCUCUGGUUAGUCAGGACCAGAAAACACAGUAGUGGGUGGUUCCUAUGUGGGCUGAUCUGGUAGUGUCUACUGUGGUUAUCAGUGGACUUGCACACCUAGAAACUGCCUGUCCCCACAGUGCACUCCACUCAGCUCCAACUCUCCUUCAGCUGCAGACAUCUGGAUGUUUUUUUUUAUACUAUUCUGCCUUUUUUUUUUUGCUGGACAAAUCGCUUCAGCCUCUUGAGAGCUAAAAGAAGAAUGAAAUUCAUGUGACUUGUUCUUCUAACUUGCUUUUUCAUUUUCAGUAUGUGAUGAAUUGAAAUGUUACCUGAGCUUACCUUGAAAAACAGUACUGGAAACAUGAAGGAGGGCUUUAACAUAUUCAUCAUUACUUGGAUACAGCUCUGUGUGAAAAAGAUAAUCAAUGCUGAUUUAAUAUAUACUGAAUGCUGAUUACUUUGAUUUUUUUGACAAUGAUUUGUAAAAAGUAAGUUGACCUUUGUAAGCUACGAAUAAGCUAGCCUGCUGCUUAAGCAUUAGUGAGAUGUAUGUUUGAGAUGAGAACGGGUGAAUGAGAAUGAAUAGAAACUGUCGAAUGGCUGAAAAAUGCUGAAACCUUUUGUCUAGGGAUUAAAAAAUCCUUUAAGUCACAAGGACUCUGUUUCCUAUUAUAUGAUUCCCUGUUGUGUGUCCAGACAUAUAAACAGUAGGUUUCUUAAUGAAGGAUCAUUCCAGACUGUAGCAGCCCUCACCUACCCCACAUGGUAUCUAGAUUCCUUUUGUGUAAAACUGGGUGAAUGUAAAUCGCCAAACUGUUGGUUUUUUUGCCAGUGUGUCCAUGCUAUUAGGAAAAACACUUGACCCUGCAGUUGCUAGUAAUCAGGCCCAUGUUGCCACAAAAUCUGUGGGAAACUGGCCCUCUUAUCUUCCUUUGCAGUCUUAAGCACUACAGCAGCUGCCGCGGCGCAGAUGUCUUCUUUUGAAUCACUGACUGCCUCCAACAAAUGAGUUGUUUGAAUGAGAUUCAAAUACAGAAAAAUGUCAAGAGGAGCAUUCAGAAAAAAAUGUUAAGAUGAUUGAUUGAGAAAGUGUGUGUGUGUGUGUGUGUGUGUGUGUGUGUGUGUGUGGAGGAGUGCAUAUGGAAUUAGAGAAUGUUUGUAUUUAUGUGUUUGUCAAGAGUAGUAUGUGGUAGUUGAACACUAUAUUUUGAUUCUGUGCAAUUCUCCCCUAGAAAUCCCUGUCUCACCCAGAGGUGUAUUUAUUUGGUUUGCAUUUGAUGUUUAGUUUCAGGUUCUACUUAUGUCUUUUUUUGGUUAAGGUGGUAAGUCGCUCAUUCAUUUCAUAGAAGUCAUAACAUUUAUGUUAUUUUCUUUCUGUUCUGUCAUCAAAUCUGUGCCAGCACAUUAUGUAUGUUCAUUUCAUAAAUUGACUAUCCUUGGCAACUGGACCAGACAAAUAAAAAUCCUUUUU